AAACAUAAACCAGCACAGAAAAAAUGGAGUAAAUGCCUAAAAUAUAACUCCAAAGGUAUUUGGAAACUAGCACUAAAAGAGCGAGAGUUGAUUCCAAUCCCAUCAAGCAGGAGUGCACAGCCAGCAUCCUGGCCAUGGCCAAUCUGGAGCGGAGGAAUGCUAUCAAGCUGGACAGUGUAUAGUGUGCCCUGGUGGGUGAGAUCAUCAGGCACUUGGAGCAGCAGGGGUUCCAUCUCAUGGCCAUGAAGCUCCUACAGGCCUCUGAGGAACUCCUGAAGCAGCACUCCAUUGACCUGAAGGACCACCCAUUCUUCCCAGGGCUGCUGAAGCCCAUGAGCUGCAGGCCAGUUGUGGUUAUGGUCUGGGUGGGACUGACUGUGGAGAAAACAAAGCAAGUGAUGCCUGGGGAGACCAACUCAGCAGAUUCUAAGCCAGGCACCAACCGGGACUUUUGGAUUCAAGUUGGCAAGAGCAACAUUCAUAGCAGCAAUUCAAUAGAAAGUACAGAGAAAGAAAUCAGCCUGUGGUUUAAACCUGAAGAACUGGUUGACUACAAGUCUUGUGCUUUUGACUGUAUCUAUGAAUAAAAUGUGACCAAAGCAGCAGUCCCCUUUUUCACUAUUUGAUGUGUCCCUAGACAUAGCUCUUCA